AUGAUACGAUUUGUAACAUUUUUCAUUUUCACUAGUUUUUUAUUAUUGUUUUCCUUUGUGAAUUCUAGAGGAAUAUCAACACAUUAUUCAACUGAUGUAAGUUUUUAAACUUCAAAAACAAGGAAGAAGAUAUUGAAUUGCAAUUCAUAAAAUCCUGAAAAAUUUUCAACAGGGAACAUUUUGUGUUGCUGAACACACUUUUUUUUUGCAAAAAUUUAAGUUCCAAUUUCGUUUUCAUUUCUAUCGAUAAUCCAUUUUUCAUAGUUUAAUAACCAAAACCAAAACCAGACAAAUCCGAUUUUUCAAAAAUAUUAAACUCAUUUUUGAAAAAAAAGCAGAAAAAAGUUUGACACGAAAUCAGGUUAUUUUGAGCUGAGGUGAGCUCUCUUCAAAAAUCGGACAUAUCUAUAUCCUGCCAAAAAACAAAGUUUCAAGUGCUUUUCACAUUGUUUACACAACAUAUACACGGUCAUUCAUUCACAGCAAAAAAGAAAAACAACAAAUUCUAUCUUUUUUGUUUUGUUCCAUCAGGGAAACUUUACUUUUUAAAUGUUUUCGAAUCACUUAUGUUAGGAAUUUCAUGAAAAUUUUAAAAUAGUCGAAUAUCAAAAUUCUGAAAAUUUUAGUUUUACUGUAAUUCUCAGACCUACUUUUCCUUUCUUUUCAAACCAUCAUAAAUUUCAUAAGUCAUUUUCAAAAAAGUUUUUAAUCCAAAUUUUUUCCAGAAAUGCUCAUAUUCCUUGCCAAAUUAUUCCAUAAACUGGAGUUUCGAUGAAUUGAGCAAUGAUGUUGUUUUCAAACUUGUCGCCAAAUCAAAUUUCUCCAAUUUUUACACUUCGAUUGGAUUUGGGAAUUCAGGAAGUCAAGCGGUGAAUUUUUGAAAAUAAUUUGAAUUUUUUGGAAAAAAGACUAACUCCAUAAUAUUUGCAGACAGAUGUGAUUGCAGUUUAUGUAAGAUCUGGACAAAUCGGAUUAAUUGAUGGAAAAAAUGUAGAUGAAGAAAUUGAAUCGGAUGAAAGAACUAAUGUUCAAGCAUUACAAUUUGAUUAUCAAAAUAAUACUUUGACUGCGCAAUGUGAGUUGCUGUAGAAAUACUUUGAGACUGGAAUUUUUACGCAAAAAAAACACUAAAUGGGUUCUUUUAAAUUUUUCAUAAAAUUCUAGAAAAGGGUUUUAGAAAAAAGGGUUCAAAGUAAGAUUCAUUAUUUUGAGCCAAAAUAUGGGUUACUGUAGAAAUAACUUCUUUGGAAAUGUGUGAAAAUUAAAUAUUAAUUUAAAGGGUUGGUGCUUUCCUGGUGGAAAAAUCGUCUGCAAAAAGGCGUCACAGUGUUGUUUUCAAAGUUGUGUGCAAACACACACACAAAAAUUCAAAAACAAGUUGUGCGCUAGAGCGCAUUUACAUGCUUUAUUUCGUAGGUUUUAACUCGCUUGUGUUUUUGAGGAAAAACAUGGGCUGAAUUGAUACUAGAAUUUUUUCUAAAACUGGAACCUUCCAGAAGCACCUUAUUUCUAUCUAAACCAAUCAAGAUUCCCUGGCGGAGCACCAACCCUUUAAUGUUAAUUUUAAUUUUGAGGAAAGUUGGAAACAGUAGAAAAAUACUAACCUUAAAAUUACAGUACUCCAAUUUUAAUUUUUCUUUGAUCUAUGAGUUGAGAAAUCUUUGCGUUUCUGAAGUUAUUUGAAAUUUAUUUUUUGCAGUUGCUCGACCACUUGAAUCAAUCGAUAGUUCGGAUGCUGAUCUCACGGAUUGUGCCGUAAUUCCUAAUUUUCCAACCUUCCCACAAUAUUUUCUUUUUUUCAGACCUUCUAUUUCCCUGCUGAAAAUGCCGAAAUUAUAUCCGGAUCCUCACUUUCAUUCCCAUUUACCUCGAAAACUUUGAGAGUUUGUGAUAUUUCAUUGAAUUGUGCUGUCAAAUCACAUACCGGUAUUAAUUUUAAUCAUCAAAUUAAAAUCCUCAAAAUUUUUUUCAGAAGUUGUGAAACGUGCUGAAGAAGAAGUUUGUGAAAGUGGCGGAGAAUCAGAAAAAAAUCGAGUUGAAUGGAAAAUCGAAGGAGAAAAUGUGAGAUUUACUGUGAAUCAGAACACAAAAAAAGGAAGAUGGUAUACAGCAAUUGGAGUUGGAAAAAGUAUGGAAGAUUUGAAUAUGAUUGUUAUUUUUGCUGAAAAUGGAAAUUGGAAAAAACAAGGAUUAUAUAGAACUGAAGGAUAUCAAUUACCACAAUCAUAUGAACAAAAUAAUAUUGAAUUGAGUGAAGAAAAUGUGAAAAAUGUAAAUGGAAAAUUGAGUUAUGAUAUUUUGAUCAACAAAGAAUUUUUGACUUCGAGAACUGAUGAAAAUGGAUGUAUUCCAUUGCAAAUUGCAGUUGUUGCCGGACAAUAUACACCAAAAUUCGAAAUUAGAAAACAUCAAUCAACUCCUCAAUCAUUUUCAGUUUGUAAUUUGGAAGGUUGUGGGGUGAAAAAAGAAGAGACGGUUAAAACAAAUGAUGAAGAGAAUACGACAACAAAAGAAAUUCCAAUUGCAAUUUCCACGACAACACCAGCUUCAAUUGAAAUUCCAUCAACACCAAAAAUCGUUGAAGAUUUAGAAGAUGCACCAAAAGAAAGCGAAGUAAAAACAACGAAAACACCAAUUCUUGAAGAAGUUGAAGCAUCUGGAAAUGAACCAACAACACCAAUCAAACCAAUUGAAGACAAUGAAUCAAGCGGGGAAUUAUUGGCAACUUCGACAACUCAGAAAAAUAUUGAAAAUAUUGGAUCACAAUUAGAAGAAAAACCAUUGACAGAAGAUAAUAAUAAUGAUGCACCACAACAACAACAACAGGAAACAUCUACAACUACAUUAACACCAAAAGGUUUGAUAUUUUUGAAAUUUAUACAAAAACAGUUGAUGGGAUAAGUUGGGAUUAAGCAAGAUACCAUUUUUAUAAUUGAAAAAAUUAGAUUUAUGUAUGAAAAUGGUAGCACAAAAAUUUUCUUGAACCAAUUUUUGCAAACAGAUUGUCAUUAACUUUAUGAGAAUAAAUAGAUUGCCUUGAGUACUGUAGUUUUUUCAGUUCUUCCAAUCAUUGAUUCUUCAACAACAACCAAAGAAGCAAAUAUUCCUCAAACUUCUUCUUCUUCUGGAUGUGGAGCCGAUCAUGAAGAUCUCAAAGUUUGUGAAUCAUAUUUCAGCGAAUAUCUUGGGAAAGUAACAUCUUGGUCAGAAAGACAUAAUAUGAAAGUUGCAUCGCAUAUGUGGAAAGUAAGUUUUGAAAAAAUAUAAAACAUUUUGAGGGGCAGAGUCAGAGAAUAACAUUUUUAACAUCUUUCCAAAAAGCCUAAAACUUUCAGAAAAAAACUUGUCAUCGGAAAGUUUAUGGAUUAAUUUCAAAGUACCUAAUCGAAUAUUUUCUAAGCUUUUCAAGAAAAAAAAUCAUAACUUUUGAGAUUCCCCAAUAACUCCCUUAAUAAGCUGAGCAUUUUUCAGGCUUGUACACUUCUUUCACAAGUUCAACACGUCACAACAAUGUGUUGCACACUUUUCCGUCAAACUUGUGCCACACAUCUCAAUUUAUAA